AGCCGCUUGGCGCAAUGAAUUUCAGUUGUCUGCAAGUCAUGAUGGAAGCUUUGCUCGUGACCAUCGUAUCCGUCGGCCGCCCCGCCGGUGCACAAAGAAACUUCCAUGACAUUCUGUCUUCACUCUCGUCGGAACUAGCUGGAAAUUCUACAGGGACAGGCGGCGCUGCACUUCUAAACAACACGAGCACCGACAACUCAGAAGAAACACCAGCUUCGGUGGUUCCCACGACCCGGCCCCGAGGCUUGGGUCUCCCAUGCACCGCCGACGCCGAGUGCCUGGCCAGUCGGGGCCUGUCCUGCCAGUUCUGGGUGUGCGCGUGCGCCCCGCAGACGCCCGUCAGUGUGGAGGUCAGGGGCGAGCCCCGAUGCGUGCCCGCGCGCUCGCUGUACCAGCCGUGCCGGUUCCACCAGGAGUGCAACUACACCAGCAGUCCGAUGCGCUGCGUGGAGAGACUGUGCCUGUGCCCGCCGCCCUUCGAGCCUACAGCCAAAGGAGGAUGCGCCGCGCCACGACUAUCCUUGGUGACCAGACUGGUGAGGUUAGCGACUCCGACCACUGCCGGGCUGGCUGUCACGGCUGCACUCAUGGCAGCCUUCAUCUUCAUCAGGAUGCUCCCUCGCUCCAAGUCCCGCUGGGGUUCCACUUCCGGCGAAGAAGGGUGCUCGGCACAAGUGCCACCUUCGCGGAAGCUUGGUCCUGCUGAGGCUUGCGCAAUGCAAACCCCGCCGCACUUACGGUGGUUACCAUUGCGCCAAAACUCACCUGCGAGACCCCUGCCCAUUCGUCGAAUUCGCAUGCCAUCUGCCCAAGGAGCAGGUGGUCUACCAUUACUAUCAACACGACCGACCACUCCUGCGGUACCUAGCACGCCUGAGUUCACCUCCAGCGUCGAUUCCGUGGUGAUCGCGUCAUCAGUUGAGGGGGCAUUUCCAACAUCCUCCCAAACGGACGAGUGGAAAAUGGAGAAGGCUAGUAGGCCCGAUUCUGGUUCUGGUAACGUAAUCUCGUCCAGCAGCGAUGACGUCGCCGACGUGCACGUGCCACACAAGGGCUCGACGACUCCAGCGCCAAGAAUUAGCCUGCUGCCCGCAUCUGUAAGACUGCUGCCUUUCAAGAGCAUCGCGAGCACGCACUCUCUGAGCAUUAAAUGGGGCACCAACAUCUCGAGCAGCUCUUCCUCGAAACGCGACACCGCAGCGCGCGAGAAACCGUUGAAGUCGGCCAUGAUUCCGGGAAAAGCAGUGCUGCCAGACGACGAUGACAGUGAAGUGCCUUUGGUACUGGCAGGCUCCCGCCGACAAAGGAGUGUGGCUUUCGCCGUGGACGGGAAGCAGGAGGGAGACCAGUCUAGCUUGCGGUCAGAGGCCUCAGAGGACAAGGAACAAAGCUCAAUAGCAGUCGGGGCACUGCGGCUUUCGCAGAGUGUCCGGCCCGACGCUAAGCUGAGCCCUGAUGACUCGACAUCCGAGGCGACUGAGGAGGUGAUCGCCACCACAAAGAAAAGUUCCUCCACAACUGCACCUUCUCCCUCUAGCGAAGCCGAUCCGCCGGAACAUCGAGCUACAUUAGAGGACCGUGGAGCCGAACGUCCUUCGAAGCCUAUGACACUACCUGAUGUAUCUUCACAGAAUGAAGUGCUCCCCAGACCAGGUGGCGUCGUUCCAGGUAGCAGUCAUCAGACCGAAGAUGGGGGGCACUCUGGCACUCCGGCAGGCUGCGAAGGUAUGGACCACUUGGAACCAGGGGCUUCACCAGCGGUUAUCGCGGGCAGCCCUCUGCUGAGUCCUAUGCCUCCGCUUCCGUUAAUACGUCGACGAUUCGACAUUGGAUGCACAAGAACGUCGGGGAAACUAAAUGGCAGCGAGACCACAAGUGUCUUGCUGGAUAAUCCUGCAGGAAGCGUCAAGUCUUUCGCUCAUACUGACAGAGAAGAGCCUUCGGUUCGUAAGGUGAACACUGAUGCCGAUAACACCAGUGGUGUGACGCUUCAGUAUUUGCAAGGCAUCAGCGUGCAAGAAACUCCUGGUGACGAUGGAUCUGGGUUAGCAGUCGGAGACUUGCCUGACAUCAUUCCUAGCAUCAAGGUGACGUCGCCGAGUGGCUUCGAAGGGCGCCUGGACAGUGUGGUACUGUGGGAACCUGGACACGUCGAUGACCUCUGGAGGCGGGAAACCCUGGCGUCAGCUUCGGGAUCUUUCACUGCCGUCGAGAACGGGUCCGUCGAGAGCGUGAUGUCCACUCGAGGUUCAUCCGAGAUGGCUGGAGUGCCGUUCGGGGCUACCCUUUUCUACAGCGAACUACAAAGCCAAGGCUGGCCUCCUGCCUCCUCCAUGAGCACCUGGGGGUCUUUCGAAAAGGUACCCUUCACAGAAGGAAGUGACGUACAAGUGGCCGCGGACUUUGCUGAGCCUACGAUGCAGUCGGCCUCGUCCACUGAACAACCGGAUCCUGCAUGCAUGCCGACAUGGUAUUCGGUGGAUAAACUUCAGCCAUCAUCGCGAACCGGCACCCUUACUUCACAGACCUCUGCUCGACCUACACCAAUGAAGCGGUCUGUGAGGUUUCGCAGAACGGAAUCCAACCAGCUGCAGGCGGUGAGCCAAUGUGAUAGUCAAGAAGAGACGCCAUUUUUGUUUUCUCACACGCCAUCGUUGCGCGAAGCGGAGACCGUCAUUACGAAGCUCGUAGAGUCUGAAGUGGUCUUUGAAAGAAAGCGUAGUGUGACUUCUGAGCCUGAAGAUGUGGUUGACAUUAGGCUUGAGGAUUCUGCCAAUGUGCUGCUUCAAGAAGCGCCUUCAGAAUUCCCUGAGCCAUCAGAGUGGCCCCAUGGUGCUAGCGGCAGUAAGAUUAAUGCUGCUGACACCAGCGAGUCCUCAUCUAUUAGCAAAAAACACACGACAGAGCACAGCUCGGUGUCAGAUUCCAGCCAACUAGAAUGCGCCUAGGCUCUGCCGCUAGGCGGCAGUUUUCAGAACCGCUACCGAAUCAGCGAUUGGCCAUUGUACGAUAUUUGAAUGCUGAUAAAAGUACCGGUCGAAGCUUCUCACCGGUUUCUGAUUUAACGAUUCCGAUGGAGGUAGAAGACGCUUGCUCGGGCGAAACCCGGCUUUCGUGGUCCUCGCCUGCGCUGGUUGUUUCAGUAUGCGAAGACGUGGGCCACUCUCUGCAGCUUGAAUACGUUGACCUUAAUUCGCUAGUGAAGGCAUCACCGAACUAUGCGAGUCUUCGUCAUGCGUCUUUGAGCGCGAUGGGAACAGAGGGCUCAAGAGAGGCGUGUUACGCUGCCGAACCUCAGUGGUCAGCUCUGGACGGUAGCCAAGGACAGGCUGAGUGCUUGCAGCACCUGCAGUUGGACCCGCCUGGCGACCUGAAAGUAGCGCCAUCGCCUCUACCACGCACGCUCAUGAGUGUCCUCGGUCCCAAGGCAGUCCACGAGGGUGACCGCUGUUCAACCAGCGUAGAACUCGAGGACGCGUCGCAGACUGCCCGACAUGUCCCGCGAACAGGGUUCGAAGUGCUUUCUACUCGACAUCUGCGUCUGGAGUGUUCUGGCAAUAUAAAAGCGUCUGCCUCAACGGAAGCAACACCUACAAAACCGUUUUCGUUGAGGUCGCGUAGUAACGAGCAUACUAAAAGGGGCUUCGCCAGCGAAACUUACAUCGCCUUGGAGCCCUUGAACGAUGUACUUCAAGAAGCACAAUGUCCACCUUCUUAUCCGCAACCGACCAUCACGUUUGCGCCCGUGGCCACGUCUACUAGCACGGCGUUUGUGGUAUCUACCAUAGCUGGUAGCUCGUCGAGCAGCGAUUCACUUCUUUCCUCCACCAUCUGCCGCCUACCAGACGCCUGCGCGGCGAACAACGACGUGUGUCCAUCUGAUCUUACGUCCGUGACACCAAAAGUAAAGGCUGUACAACUUCCUUACUUGGGACGCCACUCGGUUUCCAGUGAAACGAUUUCUUCGUCAAUCCGCGCAAAGGCAAAAAGUUGGCAGCCGGUUUGGACCUUCAAGAAUGUCGGGCACGAAAAGGAGACAGUCGGAGCACACAGUCGACGAGACUGCUUCAGCGUCGAAGUACUGUCUUCAUAUACUGCAUGGCCUCGUCUUCAUGAGCAGCCAGAGCCGUCGACAUCCUUCUCUGUGCUCGAAUCACUGGGGCCGCUUUCGCCGAGCAGCGAGCGCACUACUACAGGGGAGUCUGCAGUGCUGCUGGACGAAAAUGGCAAGCAUGACGGCGGUAUGCUUAGGUCGUGCGUCAGGGACCGAGCCAUUGAAGCCUGCGCCAGCAUGCCUUUCUCAGGAGAGCAGCUGGUCUCAUUGCAUGUGGAGCGGCGUUCAUGCUCGUGCGAACGGCCGGGCCCAUGCAAAGACGACCACACGGCCCCGGUUCAGCAACCCUGACUGCUCUUAACUUUUGCCAGGCAGCUCCACGAAUUGGAGCACAGUGAAUUUGCUACUUCAGUGAGUCACGGUCAACGUAGGAAUACAGCACCAACAUUCAUACUAGACGUUGUAUUUACAUGGUACCACUGCAAACAGUGAAAUUUUUUAUGCGAAUGUUGUUUAGCUUCUAUGCCACAUGGCGCAAGACGGCAAUCAAUUGUCGACCAGCCUAAUAUACAAUGCAAACAUCUAUACUGUUCCGUUAUUUCCGACGGAAGUCCCAGCGGUGUUAGUGUGUGGUUCCUCUCGGUUUCACAUUGCCCAUGACUUUCAGUUUUAUUUACAUGCCAUAAAAUUCUCAGAGGAGAAUCACAGAAUGCGACAUAUGUCUCCGAAGUCAAUAAUGUGGCACCUGGUAUUAGAGUCACGCCUACUGAUUCUUGGGCCGGUCGCAAGCACUUUCACAAGUACUGUUUGUAUCGCUGGUAAGCCACGCCGCUGCUUUUCGAGCUGCUCGUCACACAGGUGGCAUGUGUUGUCGUUUUUGUAAAUUCCGGACUCCCAACAACUAUAGCUGUGUCAAAAAUAGCGGUGAAGAGAAGUUUGAGACAAUUUACGCCGCAUUUAUUUUUGCGAUGAGCAAUCUAGCAUGUGUUAUAAGGAGCGUAAAUAUACGCAAUACAUUUUAUGUUUUAA